AUGAAAUCAAGAAUUACAAUCCUUUUAUUGGGACUUGUGCUACUAUUCUCAACAUGGGACUCAUGCAUGGCACAACAAGGAGAUUACUUGCUCUACAAGGAUCCCAACAAGCCAAUAAACGCACGAAUAAAGGAUCUAAUGAGUCGGAUGACAUUGUUAGAGAAAAUUGGGCAAAUGACACAACUCGAGAGAAAAAACAUGACAACUGACAUCAUGAAAAAUUACGGGAUAGGGAGUUUACUGAGUGGUGGUGGAAGUGUGCCAAAACCUGAAGCAACAGCCAGGGAAUGGGUUGAUAUGGUGAACGAAUUUCAAAGAGGAGCAUUGUCUAGUAGGUUAGGGAUACCUAUGAUUUAUGGGAUUGAUGCUGUACAUGGACAUAAUAAUGUUUAUAAAGCUACUAUUUUUCCUCAUAAUAUUGGACUUGGUGCCACUAGAGAUCCCGAACUUGUGAAAAGAAUUGGUGUAGCAACAGCUCUUGAAGUUAGAGCUACUGGCAUUCCUUAUGCUUUUGCUCCAUGCAUUGCGGUAUGUAGAGACCCAAGGUGGGGUAGGUGCUAUGAGAGUUAUAGUGAGGAUCCACAAAUUGUGAAACAAAUGACUGAAAUUAUACCUGGUUUACAAGGGGACUUACCUACUAAUGUAGUAGGCAUUCCUUAUGUUGGUGGAAAGGAAAAGGUAGUGGCAUGUGCAAAACACUUUGUUGGAGAUGGUGGCACAAUAAAAGGGAUCAAUGAAAACAACACAGUGGCUGAUUGGCACACAUUGUUAAGCAUUCACAUGCCUGCUUAUUAUCAUUCAAUCAUCAAGGGAGUUUCUACUAUUAUGGUUUCAUAUUCAAGUUUGAAUGGAGUUAAAAUGCAUGCAAAUCAUGAUCUUGUUACCAAUUUCCUCAAGGGCACACUAAAUUUCAGAGGAUUUGUUAUCUCAGAUUGGGAAGGAAUUGACAGAAUUACCUCACCACCUCAUUCAAAUUAUACACACUCAGUGUUGGCUGGGGUUCAAGCUGGCAUUGACAUGAUCAUGGUCCCUUUGAACUAUACAGAAUUUAUUGAUACAUUGACCUCUUUGGUGAAAAAUAAUUUUAUCCCCAUGACCAGAAUUGAUGAUGCUGUGAGGAGGAUCUUGAGAGUCAAAUUUACAUUGGGUCUUUUUGAGAAUCCUUUGGCUGAUUAUAAAUUAGUUAAACACGUCGGAAGUCAGGCACAUAGAGAAUUAGCUAGAGAAGCAGUUAGAAAAUCACUUGUGUUAUUGAAAAAUGGUGCAAAUGCUAAUGACCCUAUGCUACCAUUGCCUAAAAAGGCAUCAAGAAUAUUAGUUGCUGGAAGUCACGCCAAUAAUUUGGGCUAUCAAUGUGGUGGUUGGACAAUUACUUGGCAAGGAGUUGAAGGAAACAAUGUCACAAUAGGUACUACUAUCUUGGAUGCUAUAACAGCUAGCGUUGAUUCAAACACAGAAGUGGUGUAUAGUGAGAGUCCCACAACGGAGUUUUUAAAGUCGAACAACUUCUCAUACUCAAUUGUUGUAGUAGGUGAGCUACCUUAUGCAGAAACAGCAGGAGACAGUAUGAAUUUGACAAUUGCUAAGGGAGGAAUUGGCACAAUGAGCAAUGUAUGUGGCAACACAAAGUGUGUUGUGGUGUUAAUUUCAGGCAGGCCAUUAGUUGUGCAGUCAUAUUUGAGCAACAUUGAUGCACUUGUUGCUGCAUGGUUGCCUGGCUCUGAGGGACAAGGUGUGGCUGAUGUGUUGUUUGGUGAUUAUGAGUUUAGAGGAAAGUUGUCAAGAACUUGGUUUAAGAAUGUGGAUCAAUUGCCAAUGAAUGUUGGUGAUAAAAAUUAUGAUCCACUUUAUCCUUUUGGAUUUGGGCUCACUACAACUAAAGUUCAAGAUCAAGUAGCUUCUAGAUAGACAAUUAGAGAUGUUGA